AUGCGGCCACAACUACGACCCAGACGUAAGAACGAAGCAGAGAACCGAGGAGACCACAUGAUCGACGAGAGUAUCGGGCUUCACGAGCGCACCGUCUGGUUUAGAACCCUAGGACCAGUAAACGGAGGGUGCAGGCGAGAUGCAGCCGCGCAACAGGAAGAGGCAGCACAAGUGUCUCCCUCCCAAAUGAGUCUGGCCAAAACACGACACCUCUUUCACCGCUGGAGCCCAGCAACCUCCGACACCGCAUGCCUCAUGUUGACUGGUCCAUACGCUGUAUUUGCUGUGCUGUGGAGGGCUCAGGUGCGCACGAUCCGAGAGCGAAAACGUCGCGUUGCGAUUGGCUUCGUCCGUCGGACAUUCGGAAGGUUGCCGGGGGAGAUAUGGUCUAGAGGUGGCAGCGGCUAUUGUGAUUCAACCUGUCUCGCUAGCGUACCCAGGCUCUCCCCACCUCCCACUGUAGUGUCCCUCUACCUUCGAUCCACUAUCGACCUACGGAUAUCCCUUUUGCUUUUCCCAUUCCCCAUGCUCGGUUGCCGGACCCUUGGACAAGAACACUACCACCCCACGAGCAAGGCUCCUCCUGCUUCGCUCGCCGCCUCAUCUCGGGAGACAAGGAUCGUCGACACCUACGACUACGAGGAGAGCCUACGACGACUACAACAUCCAUAA